AGCAGCAGCAGCAGCAGCAGAACAGGCUGGCUGAGAAAUUGAGCUAAUGACUUGUUUUGAAUCAAGUACUCGACUGGAUAUCAACGUUUCUCUACAAUAAAAUGCCGGUUUAUUAUUCAUGACAUAAAGACGCUUUUGGGUCCAACACUGUGUCCAGACCCAUUACCUCUCUGUCUUCAUCCGGUACCUUUGAAGUAGGUGCAAAUGCCAAACACUUAAAUCCUAAUAGACGUGUCUGCUGUUUCUCACAAGGGAGUGAGAAAAUCAGAUUGUGAUGGGAAACCAACUGACAGAGAUUGCACCCAACACACCAUUCCUGCCUCAAUUCCAGUCCCUCCAUGUGGUGGUCAUUGGGCUGGAUUCUGCCGGCAAAACCACACUCCUUUACCGCCUCAAACUAAAGGAGUUUGUCGAGACUAUUCCCACUAAAGGCUUCAACAUGGAGAAAAUCAAAAUGCCGGUGGGCAACGGACGAGCUAUUACUUUCCAGGUGUGGGAUGUGGGGGGGCAGGACAAAUUGCGACCACUGUGGAAGUCGUACACACGCCGGACGGACGGCUUGGUCUUUGUAGUAGACUCUGCUGAAGCUGAGCGCAUGGAGGAGGCUAAGGUGGAGCUGCAUAAGAUCACACGCACGUCAGAGAACCAGGGUGUGCCUGUUCUUGUGUUGGCCAACAAACAAGAUCUUCCGGUUGCACUACCUGUUUCUGAAGUGGAAAAGAUUUUGACUGUGCAUGAACUCAGUGCCAACACCCUUCACCAUGUGCAAGGCUGUAAUGCAGUGGAUGGCCAGGGCCUUCAGCUGGGCCUAGAGAAACUGUAUGAGAUGAUCCUGAAAAGAAAAAAGAUGACGAGAAACAGUAAGAAAAAGAGAUAGGCCCCUUUAAAAGACGUUGAUGAUUUUCUUGCUGUCAAAUCUCAUCUGGUUUCUGCAUUAUUGUUCAAUUUUGCAGUGAAUCGAUGAACAACUUAAUGGUUUCUGAUGGCCCUGGAGAAAAUGGAUUUGACCUUUGUCACACAGUAUUGAACUGCUUUUCAUAUCUAGUAUUUGCUGUGCAGCUGUUGAUGACCAUAAUGGAGGUCUAAUAGGCUGUAGGUAAAAAAAACCAGGACUUGAGUCUUUAAAACCUACACAUUUUGUUUAUUUGUACCUUUUGGUAAGGAAAGAGACUGAAUUUAGAACAUUGUUUUAGCAAGACUGAUUAGCUUUGAUAGUAACCUCACAAAUUAUUUAAAUUUUGUGGGACUGGUUUUAUAUCAGCACUGAUAAUAUUAAAGGCCAUAUUCUAGUUGUUAGUUAAAUAACAUUUGAAUGAAGAUCUAUAUACAGUUCUAGUUAAGUUUUAUUUGAACACAUGAUGUAAAUAUUGUUUUGUAA